CAGGUGAACAAGGUGAUGUCCAUCUUGUUUUAUGUGAUAUUUCUCGCGUAUCUCCGUGGCAUCCAAGGUAACAACAUGGAUCAAAGGAGUCUGCCUGAAGACUCGCUAAAUUCCCUAAUUAUUAAGCUGAUCCAGGCAGAUAUCUUGAAAAACAAGCUCUCCAAGCAGAUGGUGGACGUUAAGGAGAACUACCAGAGCACUCUGCCCAAAACGGGGGCCCCCCGCAGGCCGGAGCAGGGCGAGCUGGCCAAGUCAGAAUUCCAGCCCGUGACUGCGAUGGACACAGAGCUGUUGCGGCAGCAGAGACGUUACAGCUCACCCCGGGUCCUGCUGAGUGACAGCACCCCCCUGGAACCCCCUCCCUUGUAUCUCGUGGAGGAUUACAUAGGCAGCCCCAUGGCCGCCAACAGAACGUCACGGAGGAAGAGGUACGCCGAGCACAAGAGUCACCGGGGGGAGUACUCUGUAUGCGACAGCGAGAGUCUGUGGGUAACUGACAAGUCAUCGGCCAUCGACAUUCGGGGACACCAGGUCACGGUGCUGGGGGAGAUCAAAACCGGCAACUCUCCCGUCAAACAAUAUUUUUAUGAGACCCGAUGUAAAGAAGCCAGGCCUGUCAAGAACGGUUGCAGGGGGAUUGACGAUAAACACUGGAACUCUCAGUGCAAAACGUCCCAGACCUAUGUCCGAGCACUGACGUCAGAAAACAAUAAACUUGUGGGCUGGCGAUGGAUACGGAUAGACACCUCCUGCGUGUGUGCCUUGUCGAGAAAAAUCGGAAGAACAUAAAUCGGCAUCUCUCCCCAUAUAUAAAUUAUUACUUUAAAUUAUAUGAUAUGCAUGUAGCAUAUAAAUGUUUAUAUUGUUUUUAUAUAUUAUAAGUUGACCUUUAUUUAUUAAACUUCAGCAACCCUACAGUAUAUAAGCUUUUUUCUCAAUAAAAUCCGUGUGCUUGCCCUCCCUCAGGCCUCUCCCAUCUGUUAAACCUUAUCUUGUGACCCGGCUCUCGGGAGACGCUCUGUAAAAUCUAUGUACACCAGUAUUCUGCAUUCAGUAUUUGUCAAGGCCAUGGCUGUCGUUUUAGUAAACUUGUUA